AAUAGGUGUGCGGAGCGGCGGCAGUAUGAUUAUUUAUUUGAUGCUUUCCUUUUACUGAGGGUGUUUCCAGAGUUGGCUCGUUGUUGCCUCCUUCUUCAUAUCAAUAUAUAAAUGUUACCUUAGAUAUAUAUCACGAUUCGAUAUUAUUAAGAAGCCCAGCUUUCAACAAGACAGCUUGACGUCAGAAUGUCUUCUGUAAAGAAGCCAGCCACCCCUUCUGGAAGACUACCUCCAAAGUCUGUGAGAAGCCUUUCAAAAAUAACACCAUCUACCAGAGGAAAGGAAAAUGAGCAAGACAAGAGUAUAUUUACUACACCAAAAGUUAAAAUAGCAAAACGUGGCAGUCUGCGCACGCCGCUGUCGGUGGACCGUCGCCAUGGCGCGGCGCCCAGCACCCCUGUCGGCGGCACCCCGGUACGGCGCAGCCGCGGCUCGGCCGGCGACCCGCUGGCCAGUCUGCUGGCCGACCAGGCCGUCACCGUUAAGGUUGGCGUGCGCGUCCGACCCAUGACCGACAGGGAGCGCUCAGACCCGGACGUCUGCAGAAUCGUCUCCGGUGACGGCUCCUGCGUUCUCCUGGACACCGAGCUGCACCCGUCACAGGCGUUCUACUAUGACCACGUGUUUUGGUCGAUCGACCCGGCGGACCAGCUCUUCCACAAUCAGAAGCAGGUGUACGAGAGUGUCGCCGCGCCGCUACUGAAGAGUGCCUUUGAGGGCUACAACGUCUGUCUGCUGGCUUAUGGACAGACGGGCAGCGGAAAAACGUACAGUAUGAUGGGCAGGCUUGGCGCCGAGGACGCCGGUACAGAGGAGCCCUGUGAGCUGGCCGGCGUCAUACCGCGGUUCUGCGUGGACCUGUUCAAACAGACGGCCAGCGCAGAGUACCAGACUACAGUGCAGGUCAGCUACUACGAAAUCUACCAGGAGCGGAUCCGGGACCUGCUGGCCGCCUCGGACGACAAACGGUCCGGCCUGCGCGUGCGCGAGCACCCGAGCCUGGGGCCGCACGUGGUCGGCCUGACAGCCGUGGCCGUGGACGGCUGGCCGCUGAUGAGGAGCCUGAUGGACCAGGGGAACCGGCUGCGAGCCACCGCCUCCACGGGCAUGAACAACAAGAGCUCUCGGUCUCACUCGGUGCUCACACUCACCGUCACACAGACUCAGACGGAGACGGUGGACGGCGAACAGCUGGAGAGCCAGCAGACGGCCCAGGUCAACCUGGUAGAUCUGGCCGGCAGUGAGCGUGUGGCGCAGGCGCACACCACCGGCGUCCGACUCAGGGAGGGCGUGGUCAUCAACAAGUCACUGCUGACGCUGGGCAAGGUCAUCAUGGCUCUGGUGGACGGCGGCAGGGCGCACAUCCCCUACCGGGAAUCGGCGCUCACCUGGCUGCUCAAGGAGAGUCUGGGCGGUAACUCGCGGACCGCUAUGCUGGCCACCAUCAGCCCGUGCUCGUCCCACGCCGAGGAGACGCUCUCCACGCUCCGCUACGCCUGCAAAACCAACCAGAUCGUCAACAGCGUGCAUGUCAACGAGGACCCGCGCGCGCGGAUCAUACGUGAGCUGCGGGCGGAGCUGGAGCGGCUGCGUCAGGAGCAGACGCCUGCGGCUCCGGCCGCCGGUGAGCCGGCCGAUCAGCAGUCGCCCUCCACCGGUACCGACUCGCCGAACGCCAUCCGCCACCGACUGGCCAUCACCCAGCUCAAGCGGAAGCUGCAGCAGAAGGAGCUGAUGCUGCGCACCCAGCACAACGAGCUAGAGGAGGCCAAACGCCGUCUGGCGGAGGGCGGUGGCGCCGCCCGGCCCGUCGCCGCCGCCCGUCCGUCGGCCGGUGUGCCGUUUGUCGGCCACGUCUCGCAGCCGUCGCUGGUGAACCUGCUGCCCGACCCGGCGCUCACCGAGACGGUGGCCUACCCACUGGCCGAGGGGGACACCACGCUGGGCGCCGCGGAGACGGCCGCAGUCCGACUGCACGGCCUGCUGAUCGACAAACUGCACUGCUCUGUGACCCGGAGCGGCACACGGGUGACGCUGCACCCCAGCGCCGGCUGUGUGUGCACCGUGAACGGCUCAGAGGUGACGGCGCCGACGGCCCUGCAGCACGGCGACCGGCUCGUGCUCGCCGGAGAGGUGUUCCUCCGGCUCCACCUGCCCGCCCACCCGCUGCUCGGGCUGCGAGACUUCGCCGACGCCAAGGCAGAGCUCGACAGGAAAAACGAGGAAAAGGCUGCUCAGGAGCAGGAGCGGCUACGCCAGCGGGUGAAACAGGAGCUGCUUCAGGAGUUGGAGCAGGAGCAGGCCGAUGCCGAGCUGGAGAAGCGCGCCCAGCAGAUUCAGCUCGAGAAGCAGAUCGACACACUCAAGGAACAGCUGGAGCAGCUGAAGGAGCAGGAGCGUCGCCCUCCUGCCCGCUCGACUGACAGCCCGGCCGACUCCUCGUCUCUCAACGUCAGCCUCUACCACUCAGAUCUGCUCGAGCAAAUCGAGGGUGUGUUCGGCGACUCGUCGGGCCGCGGCUCGUCGGAUCGCAGGACUGCUCCGUCUGCCGCUCACCCUCCCGUGUCGGCUCCGGACGCGGCGCGGCUCUCCCAGCUGGUCACCGAGGGCAACGCGCUGCUCCGCCGGCUCAACAAAAAAGUGACGCUGAGUUCCGACCUGGAGCUGAGCUGCGGCACGCUGCGUCCUGUUGCCAUGGUGACGGACGGGGAGCACGGGGUGUGCACCAGUUGGAGUUUGGAGACCUUAGAGGACAAGGUCGCCUCGCUCAGACAGCUCUGGGAGGAGCGCGACUCGUCGUCGACCUCGCUGUGCGACGUCAGUGUGGUGCUCGACUCGCGCUCCGGGUGGCGGCAGCAGCACGACCUGCGCCGCAGCGGCCGGCUGGCGGACGACCCGGCCGGCGGCGGCCGGCGCCGCUCCUCGGUCAGGGGCAGACGCUGCAGCGACGGACAGCCAGAGGAGGCGGCGCUGUCGGUGGCCGAGUUCUGCUCCCCGCUGGUACACGAGUGCGCUGACUGGCGGUCGGCCGGCGCGCGGCCCGUGCUGCUCGGUAUACAGGCACUGCAGACAGCACUCAGUGCCGUGGAGGGCGUGUGGCGUCAAUCGGCUCUGCUGCGAGCUCAGGACAGCUUCACAGAGGCGCUGGUGGGUCUGUUGUCGCGCUGGCUCCGGCUGAGCUCGGCGUUUGCCGUGUGGCGGCGCGGCCGUCUCUCCUCCGAAGAGGACGUGGAAGCCUCCAUCUCCCAGCUGGAUGACGUGAUGGACAGGCUGCAGAACGGCAUCGGCUUCAUCUACCAGGGAAUCGGCGGCCGAGUGAGCAGCCUGGCCGAGGAGCACCUGUCGGGCUGCCGGCGUCUGACGGUCCGACUCUGCCGACUGAUCGGCACCGCCGCCGAGGAGCUCACCGAACCGGAGGCCAUGACUGAGGGUCUAACCAGCGACACCCUGACGGAACUGACAGCCGGUGCGGUAAUGGCGCUCGACCACGCCAUGCUCCAACUGAUACGCAGCUGUGAGGACGCCGAGGUGCUCAUCACAGGUCUGGUGGACGACUCGGUGGCACCGGAGUCUGCCGACUCCGGCGGCCUGUACUCGGCCGCCCACGAGCUGGUGGCGUGCCUGCGGAGCUGGCUGCAGAGGGCGCGGACCGUGCAGACGGCGGCGUCUGGCAGUGGCGACUCAGCAGCCGGCAGCAGCGACUCCGACCCUUCUCUCAAAUACCGACUGGCCAGCGUGCAGCAGGCGUGCGGCUGGGUGACGGCGCUCAGCUCUGCCGUCAGACUCAUCAUGCUCGCCGUCGACCGGCAUCACAGAGGCGCCCGGCUGGACCGGGCCACGCUGUGUGACGCCGUCCGGAAGCUGCUGCAUUCGUGCCGCCGCCUGACGCCGGCACUGGCCGCCGCCCGCAGUGCGUCGGCCGGCGGCGGCCGGCGCUCGGCCGACGCCGGGCUGCGCCAGGGCCGCUCGGAGCUGGCGGCCGCCGCCGGCGCCGUGCUCCGCCACCUGGACGCCGCCGACGACUCGGCCAGCACGGUGCUGAGCGGCGCCAGCGACGGCGGCGCGUCGCGCGCGGCGCGCACCCCCGACACCACCAUGUUCGGCUCGCUGCUCGACUCGCCGGCCGGCGAGCGUCUCUCGCCGCUGCCCGCCGACCAGAUGGCCGCCCGGCUGCGCCAGGCCGUCCGACAGCUGGAGCGCAGUCCCAGCAAGUCGAGUCUGCGCACGCCCGACAGUCCCGUCAAGGGCCGGGUACAGUUCAGUCGGCCGGCGCGCGCGGACCGGUCCUAGUGGGGCUGAACGACAGAGGACAGCCCGCCCAGGAUCUGCGGGCCGGGAGGGGAAUGGGGACCAACGGAGAGCAGUCAUAGUGAAGUAGAUAACGAGUGGAACGCAUUGGCGCCGUGUUCGUGACAAGUUACGGUAGAGUGUAGGCUUAUAAUUUUUCCGCGGUAUAGCAGGUAGGUGACACGUUUGUGUGUGUGCGUGUAAUUAUUACGUAGAUUGUUCGGCGUGUAGUUGUGACGUGACCAUGCCUUUUUGCUUCCAUUAUACGGUCAGUUGUGGUUAAGUUACAACAGCGGGCAUUAACACCGCUGGAAAUGUGAUGCUCUAACCAUCCUCAGGCUUGGAAUCAUUGCGCGAUUCCAGGUAUCGGUCGACUCUAACGGACAGUGUCGUCUGAUCUGACGAAUCGCUGACUUCACCGGAGUGAUUAUGAGACAGAAACGGACCACACCGCGCGAACUACCGCUUAGGGCCUCCUUGAGUAACUUCUAUCGCCGGUGUCACGGUCUUGUAACGCAUGCUUCCCAAAGAUUAAUUUGCCGUGGGUACUGGUACUGAAGAUGAGGUGAUCUGACCUUUCGGAAUGUGAUGCCGUAACAUCGUAUGAUAACGGAGGAGGGUUGUGAUUGUGACCAAACGUCCGUCAUCAACAAUGAAUACAGUGCAUUUGUUGUUUG